AUGACAUUAAAUGCUUGUUCUUCGUUCGCUGUUAAAUCAACACAAUGUCGCAAUUUAGAACAGAAACAGAAGCCAUACAAAUCGAUCGUUUCUAGUACAAUCCACAUCAUUUUACUGCUGUGUAGCACGAUAUUUGGCAUCAAGGCACAGUCUUCGUAUUAUAAAAGAACUUACUAUACACCGUUGUCUUCACCCGCUUUACACUAUUUCCACCAUCAGCCUGAUUAUUCACCAAUUUCAUAUUCCAGUGAUUUGUUGCCUGAGGAAAGUAAACGAAAUGAAUUUUCAAAACUUUAUGGAAAGAAACCACUAUUUAGACCAUAUAAUUCAGAGGAAGAAGAAACAUCUAAGGAACAUUUCGCUAAUGACUAUUCUACCGAAUCGCAUGAAUAUACUUCAAAGGAAAAUGAUAAUAAUGAAUUCACUAUUGGUACACAGAUACACGUACAACACCCUAUUACAGUGCCUAAAAAAGUAUCAUCCACACAUAUCAAACAUGGCAAAUAUACUAGCAUAACACCCUUCAAAAGCAGUAAUAGCUUUAGUGACCCAAAUCUCUCAACUGAAAUAGGUGUCCCUGAUAUACGUCCUAAGAAACAUGUGCCAUUGCAUAAGUACAGUGAAUUUGAUAGAGAUGCUUACGGUUCGAUUGGUCCACAUAAAGCUAGCCUCACCGUAAAUAACGGUUAUAAUGUUUUUGAACCUGAACAUGAAGAUUACGAAGGUGUUGCAGCACAUCUUCUUAGCAGAGGAAAGCCUUUUACAAGCGAUCGUUUCAAAGGAGUUGCGUCAAAGAAACAAAUUGAAAAAUAUCUUGAAGAUCAACAAAAAUUACUUGACGAAGCAUUGAAAGCAGUGCGUACCGAAGCUCAUGAACCCAGCCUUCUUUCACAUCCAUCAGCCGCGGCAUUUCGACCGAAUUUUGAUGAGAAUAUAAGUUUUAAACCCAAUCGUCUGCGUAGACGUCCAAAGGGUGAACGUCCCAUUAAAGGUAAACCAAAUAUUGUAUCCAAACCAAAAAACCGUAGAUUUCGCUCGGCAAUUCUCAUCAAUGCCUAA